AUGGCAGUUGAUGGUAAACUUAUCAACAGCAGCGCUGGUGGUGUAGUGAGUCCAUCGAAGCAACCAGUAUUGAAUCGAUUGCCGUUGCGGAGCCGUCCAGAAUGGUUCCUUUUCCCCCAAGAGUCAGUGGAAACAACCAGUUCUGAAUCGAUCGUUACCACCAACAACGCACCUUUGUCAGACGAAAAUGAAUUCCUUAUACAACUUAAGGAUAAAUAUAAAGAAACAAGAGACAGCAAUGAGCGAUACAGGAUUUUAACCACACUUCCCAAAAGUUGGUCUACAUAUAGAAUUAUGAAGGAGUUCAAUGUUUCCCAACAUAUGGCCAACCAAGCAAAAGCACUGCAGCAAGAGAAAGGAAUAAUGUCGGUGCCUGUAAAGAGGUUAAGCAGAGCUUCAUUAGGAGAACCAACGAUAAUGCUUGUUCGUGUUUUUUACAAUAGUGACGAUAUAAGUCGUGUUUGUCCGGGGAAAAGAGAUUAUUUAAUAUCUAAAAAUGAUGAAGGCGAAAUCUACGUACAAAGAAGAUUAGUUUUGUGUAACUUGCAGGAGGCGUACUCCAUCUUUAAAAAUACAUAUCCUGAUAUUAAAAUAGGAUUUUCCAUGUUCGCCAGUAACCGUCCGAAACACUGCAUUUCGGCAGGGACAAGUGGCACGCAUACCGUAUGCGUUUGUAUAUAUCAUCAGAACGUUAAACUUAUUUUUAAAACACUACAAAGCAGACAAUCACUCCCAGAUGGUGUUGAUUCCUAUCACGAUUUGUUUAAAAAAAUAAUUUGUCAAAAUCCAAGUGAACAAUGCUGGCUGCAGUGUUGCAAAAAUUGUUCAGGAACGCAAAUUUUGGCCACAGAACUAAUGACUAUUCUUAGUAACGGACAUGUUGAAUCAAUACAAUUCAAACAAUGGCGUCAAGUAGAGAGAUGCAUU